AUGAACCCAGCUAAGGCUCCAGGCUCAGAUGGAUUUACCGAUCAUUUUUUUCAGCACUACUGGGCCAUAAUUGGUGACUUGCUCUCUGCAGCAGUUCAAAACCUUUUUCAGGAAAGUAGAAUGUUGGGGAGUUUAAACCACACUCACAUAGCACUCAUCCCAAAAACUUCUACUCCCCAAUCAGUCUCCGAUUAUAGGCCCAUUAGCUUAUGUACUGUGGUUUACAAGGGUAGGUCCAUAUCUGAUAAUAUUCUGCUGACUCAUGAGCUUCUACACUUCAUGAGAACAAAGAAAACUGGGCAAAGGUCGUUUAUGGCGCUUAAACUUGACAUAAGUAAGGCUUAUGAUCGGGUGGAAUGGAGGUAUCUCAGAGAAAUUCUGCUUAAAUGGGGUUUCAAUAGGAAAUUUAUCAAUUGGAUUAUGGCUUGUGUUUCUAUAGCCUCUUACUCAUUUCUGAUUAAUGGCCAGCCACACGAUUACAUCGUCCCUCAAAGAGGACUGCGUCAAGACGACUCCAUUGUGUUCUCUGAAGUUGAUAACAGAUAUAUAGGAACCAUUAGGACCAUCCUUAAUGAAUAUGCCAGAGUCAGUGGGCAAGUGGUUAAUUUACUUAAAUCUGCAGUGUUUCUGAGCAAUAACUGCCACCAGGGCCAGAUUUCCUAUGUCUGCCAUCACUUAGGAGUCCAACAUGUUAGAGAUGAGAACCAUUAUUUGGGUCUGCUAGUCUACUUUAUGAGGUCAAAAUUCUCUUCCUUUGAAUACUUGUUACAACGGAUAAAGGAUCAACUUUUUGCAUGGAAAGGCAAGCUGCUUUCUUUGGCAGGAAGGGAAGUGAUGUUAAAAGCAGUCAUCUCCGCGCUUUCAGUGAAAAUCAACAGUUGCAUGUCUAGUUUUUGGUGGGGAACACAGGGAGAUAAGCGAAAAAUAAGCUGGGUGGCUUGGGACAAGAUGUGCAUGAGUAAAGAGGAAGGUGGUCUAGGGUUUCGAGAUUUUGGGGCAUUUAACCAAUCCCUUCUGGCUAAACAAGUUUCCAGACUUGUAAAAAAACCCCCAUUCUCUUUUAUUUCAGACCGGUCGGGGUGGCAAAAUUCAUUAGGGGAAUCUACUCGUACUUUAAAGGAUCCAUGGCUUCCAAGUAGAUAUCCUUUUAUUCCUCAAUUAAAAGAGAAUGUGCAUAGGUCAAGGGUGCCAUUGACGGUCCAAGGACUUUUGAAUAUGCUGAGCAGAAAAUGGAAUGAAAGUCUCAUCAAAUCCAUGUUCAUCCCUCAAGAUGUGGAAGUAAUCUUGGGAAUCCCUCUUCCUUCCUUGAUUCACCAAGAUGCUCUUGUCUGA